AUGUUUGAUUGUUAUUUUGGGUUUGGUCAAGAUCGGUUCAGGGGUUUUGCUGUGGAAGAUCUUUGGUCAGGAUUCAGUGGGUUAGUUCUCCCGUAUCGCCAGGAUUCAGUGAUUUCAUCAUUUGUUCUGGGAGAACGUCAAAAAAGGAGAAAUCAAACCAACUCCAAUCUCGGCCUGGUCAGAACCCGGUCGGACCUAGUCCGAGGCCAAGGUCGGGCCUUCGCCAAUGCGAUGUUCACUGAUAUGGCGGUUAAGAACGAUACAUCCACAAAGCAAACCCAAAGAGUAACGAUGGUUGGAGAAAUCCCAGUGGCAUCAGGAACAGCGGAGAGAAGUCCGUUGUGUCCAAUGCAACCAUUAGAUGGAGGGAAAACUUCUAUUCAAGAAGAGCACACUUCAAAUCGCACACUAGCUUCACAAGCACCAUCCAGCUCUACAGAUAAAAGGACAGCGGCCUACAUAGCCAGUCUAUAG